AUCUACAUUUCAAUCUCUUGAUAGUUGAUCUGGGGUUACGAGAGACAGCACGAUAUAUGCUACGAGGCAGCGAGCGUUACGUUUGAAUUGCAACUGCUGGGUUUCCCGCUUUGCUGUCACACCCGCUGGAGGGGUCCCGUCUGUCGUUACCCGAGUCCGUCCAUGUUGUGUUUGAUCAACGAAACCAUCAGUCUGUGAAGGAAACAAACAUCUUUUAAAAAAGAGGUUGGAAAGACAAGGCACAUCAUCAUGUCGAGUUACGGGGGCCGCCGAGCGCCCAAUUUCGCUCAAUACCUCGAGGAUCUCAACACGAUCCCAUCACCCUACGACCAAUCCGUCCAACAGCAAGAAGCCGAGCCCUUCAACAUUGAUGCCGAGCUAGCACUCUUCACAAACACCGAGUUCUUGGACUUUGGUCACUUUGGGGAUAUGAACAUGCCGUUGGGAUUCAGCCCCGCCGAGGAGGAACAGCACAAGGCGCAUGAAGAGAAGCAUGCUGCUGUUGAAAAGCACACUGAAAUGAAUUAUAUGGAUUUGUUGAAUGACCUGGGCAACAUGCCCGAUUACACCUCCAAUUUCACCUCGGAGGAAUCGCACAACCUGCAACACAUGAACUCGACCUUUCACUCCAUACCCACUGUUCAGAAUACACCACACCCAGUAGAAGAGACCACCGGCCCAGUACAACAACAACCACCCCGCGUCCCCAAGACCGAGAUCCCCUCACCAACAAACAUCUCCUCCUUCGUGUCUACCCCAAUGCAAAUAGCAGGCACAAAACGCAAACAAUCCCACGACUCCAAAACCCUCGACGAAGCCGCCCGUGCCGCAGCCGAAGAAGACAAACGUCGUCGCAACACAGCCGCCAGCGCCCGCUUCCGCGUAAAGAAGAAGCAACGCGAACAAGCGCUCGAAAAAUCGGUCAAGGAGGCAAGCGAGAAAAACGCUGUGUUGGAAGCACGCGUCUCACAACUAGAGCUUGAGAAUCAGUGGUUGAAGAACUUGAUUACUGAGAAGAACGGCUCUGAGUCUGGAGAAGGAAAACAGCGAAGCGAGACUGAUAUUGCGCAUAUGUUUAAGAAUUUCUUGGCUAGUCAUAAGGCGGGGAAGGAGCAAUCAUCCGAGUCCAAGAUUGGGGUUGGCACUGCUUAAGUAGAGGGAAAAAAAAGCAAAAAAAAAAAAUUCGAAAAACCACCAAAAAAAGGGAACAUGAUAGAAUACUACAGCAGUUUACGUCCAGCCUUUAUAUCAUAAGGUUAGGGAUUAUUAUUACGAGUUACACGCGCAGCUUUUGUGAUGAGUCAUUUCUUGCUUUAUGUCUUCAAUGUCUAUACCUUUUCUAUUACUUAUGAUACUCGCCUCUUUUCAUUUCUGCUUCGAAAUGGUCAUCGGAGAAUGUGUGAUGUGAGGUCGUUGUUUUGACCUAUUAUCAUUAUUAUACCAGAGGAAUUCCUCAUCAUGGUAAGCGGACGGCGGUGUUGAUUGAUUUUUUCCAGUGCGAUGCUAGUUUACAAUUAUGAGAUAAUGAUUCUCUACUUCAUUUCAUACUUCUCCAUACUUCUUGAUGAUGCAUGAAUUGUGAAUGUAGUAUACAUGUAAUUGCAAGGAAGUAUUCGUUCAUAAGGUAAAGUGAUCAUUCGUCGGGUUGGAUAACGUAACGGAAACAAACAGAGGUAUGAUAUUAUGCGUGUGGUCAUAAGCGGGUUGAAUGAAGUUGGAAACAGAACUGGAUGAUAGGCUAUUGCUUGGCCUUUUCAUCAAUAGAAGAUUCCGGAUCCCCAUUUGCAAGACUAUUUUCUUGAUUCGCUUCUUCCGUCUUUUCUGACGAUUCAUCAAUUUCACAUCGUUGAUGAGCACCGCCUUCUUCACCCUCGCCUGAAAUUUCACCCCAUCCAGAACUUCGACGACUUAUCCUACCUGGCAUUGCACCUGGUGUGAUCGCAGCGGCGGCGGAAGUGUUAUUGUUCAGGGUACUUCCUAUCGUUCCAGAGACACUACCAGCUGCGCUAUCGUUGCGAGUGUGUGAGUGUGUACCGCUUCGAAUACUACCGUUAUCUCCUUGCUUGCCGGCGGCAAUCAGACUGCUCCUAUCACCACCACCAUGGACAAGAGGUGGCACAGUCCCCGAGGCGGAGUAGACACUAAUCCGUUCGGCGCUAGCUAGACCUCCGAGACUCUGUCGGCUCAGUACACCGGAUGCAUUUGUAAUAGAUGCAUUGGAUGCAUCGGCCCCGACGUUAGCGCUGAGUACGCUCAAGGGUAGACUCUCGCGACUACCGCCAAACACCGAAGAAGGCGCCAAAGCUCGCAUGGAGGCAUUGGUGUCGAGAGAGUUUCUACGUCGACGUUUCGAGGAUGAUGCAAGCGUGAGAAUGGAUGCGUUAUCGGUCAGGAUAUUGUUGGCUGUUGCGGAACUGUAUGUCGUCGGAUGGCCCGUCAUAGCCACAUGCGGUGGAACAGCAGAUGCAGGUGAAGGUGGGAAUUGAUGCGCAAAUUGAGUCUGUUGU